CUAGGAAAACCGAAAACAGUUCUAGACAGACCUGCGGUUUUAUAGCAGUUUUGGCAGUCAACUUCAGCUUGUGCCUGAACAGACGGGGCUGUGGUGGCCCGCCAGCGGGGGAUGCCAGGCCACCUCCCCCAGCGGCACGCAGCCCCUCUCUUAAUUAGAUCGGUUUUCCCCUGGUGUCAGGGAGAGCGGUCCCGGCAGAAAGGAGGUCCAACAGCCGAGCGUAACCCACUGGGCUCUGGGAAAGACCCGACUGAGGCUAAAGCCGCCCCGGAAGGCCAAGUCCGAGUUCCAUUUCUUGAAGAGGCCGGCGCGGGUAAGGCUGUGACAUUGGCCCUGGCGACUGGCUUCCCAGGAGCUGUUCUUUCUCAGGAGCUCCAGAGCUCGCGCCAUCUCCAGAAAACUGUUCAGGGUGUAUUUCCUUUUAUCGUCAACCCAGAGCCCCACCGCGGCUAAUGCAAGAGGCCAAAAAAUGUUUGGAGGAAGAAAAACAAAGGCAGGAAGUGGCGGCGGCCUGACGGUGCGUGUGUGUCUGCAGAGAAGGGAGGGAGCCCGGUUCAGUCUCUUCUUGUUUUUCCAAAUUUCAAGGUCCAGGCAGCCCUCUGCAAGGCCGGGCCCCAUCGCUCCCCGCACAGCAUUUGGAGGUGGCCACCCGGAGAGGAGAAGGCCGACGCCCGCGCCAGGCUUGUCAGGCGGAAACGGCUAACAAGGAGAUUUGGUCAGCAAAACAGACCGAGCCUUUCCGAGGCUUCGUCUGAUUUGGCCCGAAAGGUUGGGGAGGGGGGGCUUGCACAGCGCCUCCGGGACCCUCCUCUCUGGGGACGACCAUCCCUGAGCCUUACGCUUCGUUCCACCGCCUUUGCAGGCGGAAUAUCGAAAUAAAGUGGGUCCAGGCGCC